AUGGUUGACCGGGGAUCCCGAUGUGGGGCAGAACCUCAGGACGCGCCAGAUUCACAUCAUAUUCUCCGACUACCACAGGAGCUCUGGGACGAGAUAAUCGACUACAUCGACCAUGACCAGGCUGCAUUCUCUGCGUGCAGUCUUACCUGUCGCGCAUGGGCUGCCGCCUUCCGCCCCCACCUCUUCCACCAUCUUCGCCUCACCGCCCGUAGCCUACCGCAUAUUCAACAGAUCUUGCACUCCAAUGCACAUCUCGCGAAGUACACAACGCGUGUCAUCAUCGACUACGAAGGCAAUCCUUCUGUGCUCUCGCAGCUGCGACAGCACACGGUACUAGCCAAGGUCUUGUCGACACUGCCUAACGUGACCAGGCUCAAGCUACUAGCAAUGGCCGUCACGCCAUCACUAAUUUCUGCGCUCUCUACUGUGUCUCCCCGCAUACGGGAGCUCAGAGUCGGCUGCCUAGUAGCGACGUCACUUGAGGCAUAUGCGCAGUUCAUUCGCGCCUUUCCUCAUCUCCGUGCAUUGUCUCUCAAGGGAGUCCUGUCACUGUUAACAGGCCGCUGGUACAUGUCUCCGACGCCACUCGCCCGGGUUAUGCACCAGCUGCGCCUCACACGCAGCUGGCAAAGAGCGACAGAUAGCCUCCGUGGCAGUAAUGCCGGCGGUCGUCGCGUGGCUCUGUAUGCCAUACUGCAAAACAUUCCUCGAUCCUUAAGAUCCCUGUGCGUGGCAUCGCGGGCCUGGUCUUUCUGGGAUCCACCAGGUGAAUAUAAAUUGCUGUUAUCAGCGACUCGCCUGUUGUCUGACCAUCUCGGAGUUCUGACAUACAUGAACGAGCACUGGCUUCCCGUGUUCCUUUUUGCCAUAAAUGUGACCCGCAUCCGCGAGAUCAGCUUUCUCUUCUCCCCGGUGUUGUUCGACCAGAUGGUCCGCGUCCUGUCCUCGGAGCUGUCGCUUUCAGAACUCUGGGAGGUGCAAUCCGUGACGUUCGUGACUGGGAUUGCGCAGCCGGACCGUGUUGAGGACUACACGGCGGAUCUCGAGAUCCGGGAGAUCAUACCUCAUUUACAUGCCGCAGGGUCUUUGGUUUUGCGCGUAUGUCCCCACUUAUUGGCAGCUUUGAAUUGA